AUGGUCAACUUGGGACCGAGGCGGCAGCCAAGCCGCAGAGGCUCCAUGGCAGACAUGCCAAAGGACCUCUUGCAGGAGAUCAAGAAGUUGGAGGAGAUGUUCACGGUCGACACCGCGAAGCUGAAGGCCAUCACCGACCACUUUAUCUCAGAGCUCGCCAAGGGUCUGUCGAAGGAGGGCGGCAGCAUCCCAAUGAACCCGACCUGGGUCAUGGGCUUCCCAACCGGACACGAGCAGGGCACUUUCCUCGCGCUCGACAUGGGCGGCACCAACCUGCGUGUUUGCGAGAUCAACCUGCCGGAGGAGAAGGGCGAAUUCGACAUCAUCCAGUCCAAGUACAAGAUGCCAGAAGACCUGAAGACGGGCAACGCAGAUGAGCUCUGGGGCUACAUCGCAGACUGUCUGCAGCAGUUCAUCGAGUACCACCACGAAGGCGAGAAGCUGGAUAAGCUCCCUCUUGGUUUCACCUUCUCCUACCCAGCGACUCAAGACUACAUCGACCACGGUGUGCUGCAACGAUGGACGAAGGGCUUUGACAUUGAUGGUGUUGAAGGCAAGGAUGUCGUUCCACCAUUCGAGGCUGCUUUAGAAGAGCGUGGCGUGCCGAUCAAGCUGACCGCCCUCAUCAAUGACACCACUGGAACCCUGAUAGCUAGUGCCUACACAGACUCAGAGAUGAGAAUUGGCUGCAUCUUCGGCACUGGUUGCAACGCCGCAUACAUGGAGCACGCCGGCGAGAUCCCAAAGCUCGAGCACAUGAAGCUGGACCCAAAACAAGAGAUCGCCAUCAACUGCGAAUGGGGUGCCUUCGACAACGAGCACAAGAUCCUCCCACGCACAAAGUACGACAUCAUCAUCGACAAAGACUCGCCACGCCCUGGACAACAAGCUUUCGAGAAGAUGAUCGCAGGUCUGUACCUUGGCGAGCUGUUCCGUCUUGUGCUUGUGGACCUCCACGAGCAACCUCACGUCAAGGUCUUCGAAGGCCAGGACAUUUCCGCCCUGAAGAAGCCAUAUUCUCUCGACGCCUCAUUCCUCUCCGACAUUGAGAACGAUCCGUUCGAGAAUUUGCAAGAGACAUACGAUCUCUUCUACGACAAGCUGAAGAUCAACUGCCAGAAGCCUGAGCUGGAGCUGAUUAGGAGAUUGGCGGAGCUCAUUGGUACAAGAUCUGCCAGACUUAGUGCGUGUGGUGUCAGUGCGAUCUGCAAGAAGAAGGGCUACAAGACGUGCCAUGUUGGUGCUGAUGGAUCGGUAUUCAACAAAUACCCACACUUCAAGGCCCGCGGCGCGCAAGCUCUGAAGGAGAUUCUCGACUGGGAGAAGGGUCGUGAUGGCAAGCCACUUGGCAAGGGCCACGACCCAGUUGAGAUUCUGGCUGCCGAGGACGGCUCUGGUGUAGGUGCCGCUUUGAUCGCUGCGCUGACUCUGAAGCGUGUGCAAGAGGGUAACCAUGCUGGUAUUCGUGAUGCAAAAUCAAUGUUGGCAGGGACUAAGGCCGAAGACUCGAAGAGCAAGCAGGUGUAG